AUAGUGUUUCGUAACCUUAAAUGUAGCGUGAUCCUGUUGGUAAAGUACUGAAUAUGAAUAUUAGGCAGAUUUAUGUGAUAUUUGACAAUAUACUCAGAUUUUAUCCAACAUUAUUAAAGUGAAUAGGUUUGAGGGCAAUGUGGUUAGGAAGGGCUUUUCAUACAAUAUUGUGAGGGGGUGUAGCACACACAAAUUUCUUACAUAUUUUAUUUUAGUGUACAAACAAGAUAAAACCCCUACAUACAAGUUUAGAUGUACUUAAUAGGAAGAAAUGUGAGUGUCAGGUGUAUAAUAGUUGGCAAAAAAUAGUCACAUGAUAGGGAAAAAUAAAUAUUUUAUGAAUGCUAUUGAAAUUGUGAUACUAUAAAAGUAAUGAUGUUUAGUGAACAUUUGUGCAUAUGCUGUAAAGUUUACAGAUGUAUAGGGUGAUUGGGUAUAUUUUUAGAAAAUUUUUCAAAAUCAGCUGUAGGUAGGAGGUGAAGCAUACAGUGGUGUAAAGUACACCCCCCCUCAAUGGACACUUCACCCCCUUACUUUUCAUGUCAUUAGUUGUCAGAUAUUUAAUGACAUAAAUUCACUUUCAGACAUCAACAUGCUGAGGAAGUUUGUACCAAAGGGAUAGAGGCAAACAGACAGAACUGCUUUGAAGAAGGCUUUUCAGCAAUGGGUGCAAAUAGGGUGCAGUACCAGGGCAGCUUGUAAGAAGUUUGGAGUUAAAGUGAUGACCUUACAGGAUGCAGCAAAUACAUCAAGAAAGUUUGCUGAUGGUAAGACCUUCAUCCCUCUCCAAGGCAGCCCCCAAAAGGUCUUCACUAAAGAGCAGGAGGCACACCUCUGUGAAUAUGCGAUCAAGAUCACCAAGAUGUUUUAUGGCCUUCCAGCCAAGUAAGUUGGCCUACGAGUAUGCACUUGCCUGCAAGUCACCCUGCAUCCCAUCAGCCUGGAAGAGGGAACAGUCUGCCACCUGGGAUUGGUAUUAUGCAUUCAUGACUCACCAACCACAGCUGACUCUGAAGGCUUCAGAAGGAGUAUCAUUGCCAGGACUGUAAGUUUCAAUAAGCACAGUGUAGGUAUCUUUUUUGCUGCUUAUACUAAGGCUAUUGAAAAAUACAGAUUUAGUCCUGACAGGAUCUUCAGUCUUGAUGAGAGCAGUCUAAGUACUGUCAUGUAACCUUUUGAGGGUUGUCUGUGAGAAGGGCAAGCCAGUAGCAUCACAGAUCUCUCGUGAAAGAGGAACUUCCAUGACUUUCAUAGGAAUUAUAAGUGCCGGACGUAAUUUCCUUCCUCCAGUAUUUAUAAUUCCCAGAAAGUGCUGGAAUAACACCUUCAUGAGAGGAAUGAUUGCAGGGUCCAAAGGCAUCUUCAAUCACAAUAGCUGGAUGAACAUGGAAUACUUCUUGCAAACAUUGGAGCACAUUCAGGCAAUGACAUUCUGCAUCCCAGAGAGCAAGAUCCUUUUCAUUUUGGACAAUGUAGAAUGCCAUAGGAGUAUCAAUGCCAUUGAACAUGCAGUAAACAAUAGUAUAGUGAUUGUGACUCUGCCACCACAUGCCAAUGACAAAUUACAGCCAUUGGAUGCUGCUGUCUUUGGGCCCUUCAAAAAUCAUGUGUGAGGGCUACAGAAUGAUUACUCCUUCAUGUAUCCUCAGACCCACAUUACGAAGCACAUGCUCCCAAAAUUUGCCUUCAAAGCAUGGAUUAGAGCCUUUUAGCUUUGAGCUUUUUAGCUACUGGCAUCUGGCCAAUCAAGAGGAACAUCUUUCCUGAUGAGGUCUACAUGAGCUCAACUGUCAGUGAACAGCCAGCAUCACCACAUGAUAAAAAUGGUGAAAACCACCCUACUUUAGAGGCAGUCCCAUCUUCCUCCACCUCUGACAGGCCUAGUACCAGCCCCCAGCCAAGCAAUGCAACUGAGGAGCCUAUCAUUUCAGUAGGCAUAGCUUCCACCUCCACUACUUCUGACUGACCCCUACCAUCCACCUCCUGGGACACAAACCUAACACCAGAAGACAUUCGUCCUUAUUGUAAGGCUGCAGCGUGAUCUCAUGGGAAAAGGAGGAAGAGGGUUCUUGCAUGCAUCCUCACAGAAAAUGAGGAGACUGUCGAAAUCCUCCGACAGAAGGGCGAAAAGAAGUGUUAUGGGACAGAACUGCAAAUAGGAAGAAAAGAAAAAAGAAAACACACUCCAAAUAAUAAUAAUCCCAAGAAAUAUAUUUUUUUACUUAAAGGAAUGCUCAUGAAUAUAAAAAAAAUACUUGCCUCUUGGUUACAUAAAUAAAAUUUUGUAUAUACUUUUGCAAUCAGUAAAAGCUUAGAACAAGAAAAUUACAUCAAAUUUUAAGCUAAAAGUGGUUAAAUUAGAUGUUGAUUUAUGGAGAUGAAGGAGGCACAUACAGAGUAAUAUCCGUUGGUUUACAAGGCAACUGUAAAACAAUCAUAUUACCUGUUUCUGCUGGGCCAGUCACAUGAAAAAUCCUAAUCACAAAAAAUUUUAAAUUAAGAGAAAUUAUGCCAGAACUGAUAAUAUUACGUAUUCUGAGAGAAAUUCUUCGUUAAUAUUUAGAUCCAAAAAUUAUUAAUAGACAGUGUUAGAAUCAGAGAGUAUGUGGGACCAUUAGCAAAAAUAUUCAAAAAGAGUUUGUGAAUGUAGAAGGGUGAUAAACUGUUAAGGAUAUUGCAAAAUUAUGUCUUAUAGUUAAGUAGAGGACUAGUUCCUAGGAUGUACAGUGGCCAGUAUACAAGGCUGGGCACAAGAUUUCGAUGUCAGAGACUGAUUGAUAUCAUUGUCCACAGGUAUGUUUGUCAGGGCCUGAAAUUCUGGAUUGUUUAAAGGCUUUGUUCAUAUGAAAAUGGCUGUGGAAGCAUCAGUCAUAAGCUGCUAAGACAAGGUAGGUUGGUGUCUCGGAAUGUAUUAAUUCAACUCAUGGUAAUGGAACAGUUUAUUAAUGUGGCUGAGAAGAAGUUAGUACCACUGCUCCAUGAGAAAAGAUUUAAAACCUUGAAGGAAGCAGCAACAUGGGCAGAUGACCACAUGUUGGUGCACCAGCCUGUGCCACCGUGGAUUGGUGGUACAUCUGAAGGCGCUGGUGCUGUGUCUGGUGGCAUGGCCGGUGCCAGUUUGUACGGGAGUCCAUGUUAUAGUAGUGGCUCCAGUAACAAGUCAGGGCGAGUUAGCCCUGUUGGCAAUAAGUCACCACCCAGCCCACAAUGGAGACUGUCUGGGAGCACACAACACAGCACUCCCAGGUAUAGUAUGCAGCCCAUGUGUCAUUAUUGCAAGAACACUGCUUCCAAGACAUCCCAGAAGCCGGUGGCCUUGAUUGUGUCCCAAGGUUGGGACCAGGAGGGUGACGAGAUCUGGGCAGUGUUUAGUCAGGAGGGCGGAAAGGCCAGUGUGGCUGCCCCCUCGUACGCUGUUACCUCACUGUCCCCUGUGAGGUCUGAGUUGGACUGGUGCCAUAAAUUUUUGUAUCAGGGCACUGUUGAGAUUGAUGGGAUUAUGUACCCUGCUACAGUUUUGAAAGACACAGCAGCACAGCAGUCGCUGUAUAUGAAUGUGACUGGGAAGUGAGUUGCCUCCAGUCAGCCUGUGUGGUGCUGGGGAAUUGGCGUUGCAGAGAGCUUUGCCACGGUGGAAAUUAGGCUGACAUGCCUGCUAGUAACUGUGGAGGCAUGGGUGGCAAUAGCGGAGGACCUGCCAGUGUUGGGGAUCGAUUUCCUUCUAGGGAAUGACCUGGCAGAUGGAAGUGUUUGGGUGCAGCUCCAAUCCAUGGAUGCCAUUCCAGAUGUUGAGACUACUGAGGGUGGUGACUCAGUUAGUCUUGUUACUUGCCCUAAGGCGAGGCUAACACCC